AUGACUGAAAUAAUGUGCAAGGUAUUUCAAGCAUCGUUUUUUCUCAUAAUAAUAUGGGCAAGAAUCGAUUACGGUUCGGCUAUAAACAUAUCCACCUCUUCUCACAAUCACGAGGUUGAUGUUAUAAAAACUCCAUACUCGAAGAAUUUAUCCUCCAUCGAUGGUCAUAACGAGGAAUUACGUGAGGAGAAAGAAAAUGUUUUGGAUGCAACUAUUCGAAAUUUUCUACCCAUUAAAGAAUUAACAGCUCAGCACGUGGGAGCCACGAUAUAG